CACCAUCGAGUAAAGACGUAGGUACCUGUUCCAUUGAGAUCACUAUCCCCUCCCAUCACUCGUGCAGCGAUUGAUCUUUCAGUUUCGCGUAGAACAUACUUGUGGUCGUGGUUCUGCUCCAGACGAUUUCUGGCGGUCCAAGACGCAGGCGGUUCAGUGUGCGCAUUGCUCAAAACACCUUGAAGGCUUCCAGCGAAAAAGAGAAAAAAAAUCUGUGCUCGUUCAACUAGUUUGGCAAUUGAAAUUGCUCGUUGCAGUUGCAAUAAGUGCUUCUCAAGACGGUGAAGUUUUAUGAGAUACAGUCAUAUAAGAAGCGAAUGCUGCCAAAGCUUAAAGCACGUUUAAUCAAAUAGUUGUGAGGCGAGUCAAUAGUUAGGUUGGUGGUGCACACUAAGUGUGUAAGAAGUUCAAGUCGUUUCUUAGAAAAAAAAAGCGCAAUAAGUGAAAGUUAUCUAAUAUCACAAAACGUGUGCUGGACGGUGUGACUUUUACAACUUGAUGCAUGUGUAGUGUUCGUGUACACGUUUGUUGGUCGUGAAUUGAAGCUAAUUAGCAACCGUGGUUUUUUGUGUGGUUUCAGGUGAACAGUUCUAUUUGAAGAAGCAAUAAAAUUCAAACAUGGAUGUCGACAUCAACGACGGAAAGGACCGCAUCGGACCACUGUUCCGAGAUCGCCAUGUAUUGAUCACUGGUGGAACUGGAUUUAUGGGAAAAGCACUCGUUGAAAAGCUGCUAAGAAACACAGAAAUAGCCAAAAUUUAUCUACUAGUACGUACCAAGAAAGGAAAGUCACCAAAGCAGCGUUUAGAAGACGUUUUUUCUAAUCCGCUCUUCAGUCAAGUAAUCGAACUCCGUGGGCUCAACACAUUGCUGGCACAAUGCGUGGUGAUAGCGGGUGAUGUCACCGAACCCGAGCUCGGCAUAUCGGAGAAUGACAGAAAGUUGAUCACCGAGAAUGUAUCCAUUAUCUACCACUGUGCCGCAACGAUUCGCUUCGAUGAAGCGCUAAGGAAGGCGGUUCUGCUCAACACUCGAGGAACGAAGUUAAUGAUCAAUCUAGCAAAACAGUGUAAAAAGCUAGAUAUGUUUGGAUACAUUUCAACGUCGUACUGCCAUCUUAAUGAAAAACUGCUGCUGGAGAAACCCUACCCACCUCCCGCAGAUCCACAUAAAGUCAUUAAAGCUGUGGAAUGGCUGGACGAUGAUGUUGUAGAUGGAAUCACAAGCAAAAUUCUCGGAGAAUGUCCCAACACAUACGCUUAUACCAAAGCUCUCGCCGAAGCUUUAGUAGUAGAAUCGAUGAAGGAUAUACCUGCCGUAAUUUUCCGCCCAUCAAUCGUGAUACCAACCUGGCGAGAACCGCUCGCCGGAUGGACGGAUAACAUCAACGGUCCUGUCGGUCUAUUGAUUGGUGCAGGAAAGGGCGUCAUCCGUACGAUGUAUUGCAACUCAACCGGCUAUGGCGACUACCUACCCGUCGACUUUGGCGUAAGCGCCAUCUGUGUCGGCACCUGGAACUACAUCGGGAGAAAGGAUUUCGCGCGAAACAUUUUUCAUUUAGUGAGCUCAGCAGAGAUUAAAAUAUCGUGGGAAGGCAUCAUUGAUCUAGGCAAGUCCAUUGUGGCCAACAAGGUACCUUUAAAUGGAGUCUUUUGGUACCCAGGUGGAACGAUGAAGAAAUACAGAUGGCAACAGAAUCUGGCGGCUUUCUUCUUCCACUGGGUUCCGGCGGUGCUAAUAGACUGCCUUCUGUACGUUCUAGGAUACAAGCCAGUACUUUGUCGUGUGCACCGAAGGAUCGCCAAGGGAUUUGAAGUGUUUGAAUACUACGCCAACAAUCAGUGGGACUUCGACAAUGCUGGUAUAAAUCACCUGAGAGACCAAAUUAACGACGCAGAGAAGGUCAAAUUUAAAAUUGACGCUGGAGGUGUUGAAAUCAACGACUAUUUCGAAAACUGCAUCUGGGGUGCAAGAAGAUUUAUUCUUAAAGAAACAGAUGACACAUUACCAUCUGCAAGAAGGCACAUGAAAGUGAUGUGGUUCGUGGACAAAAUUUGCAAGGCAAUCAUCUAUGGCGCUUUCUUCUACUACGUUGGUAUGUGGAUUUACAAUAGAGUGUUCGCAUCUGCAUAUUAGCAUUAAUCAAUUAUAGGAAAUAUUGAUUUAAGGUAGCUAUAAAUUGUUUGUAUAGUCUAGAAAUUAUACCAAUUAGUUUCACCUACAAUCGCUAAAUGACAAUUUUUUCCAUAAAGGUGAAUGUAAACCUCUAUGCUCUUUCAAACGGUAAAUGUUUUUUUUUUGACUCAAAGUAACGAAAAUGUUAAAAUAUUAAUGUGCACGCACAUCGAUUAGCGUAUCUCGUA